AUGGAUUUUCUCUACGGUUCGAUUACGUCCAACCAGUUUGCGUGGGCCUUAGCUCCCAAAGCUAUCCCUCCGCAAGAUGUAACGGACCAUAUCAGCGGAAGAACCUUCUUCAUCCGCUCCAAAGCGGACCCGCGCGACUUCUGGCACGUCCCUCGCGAAGGCACAUACGCAGGCAAACUCCGGGUUUCGCGCGACAACCGCACACGUUUUCGAAUCGCGGCCAAACACGCACGCGCACCGCUGAAUGGUGGUCCCAUCGUCAUGAUUGGUUCCGAUGCCAUCGAUAUUGCGGAGGCGAGAACGGGGAGCUUAGUUGUGAUUGACUCCAGUGGGUAUCUCUCGCUGGGAGCACCUGCUGGUCUCAGUGCGGCAAUGGCGCAGCUGGUAGUGGAGGAGCGCGCCGAGGAAGCCGAACCGCUUGUUGUUGAAGAGCGUGGAGAGGACACGGUACCUGGUAUUGAGACGCAUGCGCAGAUAUUCUUCAAGGAUCUCAAGUCAAGGUUUGCGGUGGUACCUGAGGAGGCUGACAGCGUCAUCCCGCGGACGAGGCGACUGGAGACUGAGUGUGCAACGUACUCGAUAAGCCGCUCAAUCGAGUCCGCCAGUAUUGGAACGGUGAUAUGGAGUGUUGAAGGCUCGGACGGGAGCCAUUCUCGUCCUAUCAUCCCCCCACAGGAUGCAGUAACAGACCACAUCAGCGGAAACAGCUUCUUCAUAAGGUCUAAAGCAGACUCGCGCCACUUUUGGCACAUACCCCGCAGAGGCAGAUACGCUGGCAUACUCCUUGUCUCGCGCACUGACCGCACACGUUUCCGCGUUACAUCCAAAGACGCACCUGCGCCGCUCAACUGUGGGCCCACUGUAAUGAUCGGCUCCGACGCUGUCGAAAUCGCAGAGGCGAGGACAGGACGUGUAGUUGGGAUCGACAACAACGGGUACCUCUCGCUCGGAGCGCCUGCAAGCGCGUUGACGUCGUUGGUGGUGGAGGAGCGCGGCGAGGUGACGCAGCAGGAGCAGCUAGUAGUAGUCGAGGAGCGUGGAGAUAGCACAGAUGUGCCUGCUGCCGAAGCGUUACCGGAAGUCCCCGAUGGGUCCCCGUCGGUGACGAGGCGGUUGGAGGUCGGUGACGGGGAGGAGUGGGAGCUGGUGUAAGACCUAUGGCAGUACAAAAAGUUCGAUUCAUGUUUCCAACAAGUUUCCAACAAACACCUGUGAAUUCUUGAUCAAGC